AUGCUGUGCGAGGAGCGGCUUCUCUCGCCCGAAGCCGGCGAGCUGCCGGCCUACCUGGCGCUGCUAGACGCGUGUUUGGCGGUCAACCAGGAUCGGGAUGACCGCUCGGAGGGCGGCCCGAGGCCGGAGGUGGAUCGGAUCUUCAAGGCGACCGGGCGGACGGUCCCACAGUUGGCUUAUUCCCAGGGCCGCCGCGCCGGCGGGACGCAACUUCCUGCCGCGCUGCUGACCCACGUCUUCGGUGAGAUGGAGCUGUCUGCGGUGUUCCAUGCAGGCCAUCUGAGCGCCUACGACCGCCGGCUGCUGGCAGCCAGAGGCGUUCCACUGGAAGUGGACGUAGGCGGCGCUUGCGUGGCCGCGCGCGGGUUCACAGCGCUGCGACUGCGGCAGCCUCUGAACACAGUCAACUGCCUGUCCUCCCUCCUGGAGUCCAUCCAGGCGCACGAGAUCGCCCCGAGCUUCGUGGAGGUGGAGCUGAGGGCUUCAGACUUGGGCCUGCUGGUCUCCACCUUGCUGGCUGCCGGCUACCAGUAUUUCAAGGUGUCGCGCCUGGACGGCCUCUUUGGGGAUCAGGCUGGGGACUGGCGCCUGGGCCUCGCCUGGCGCAACUUCUCGGUGGCGGGGGACGCCCUGGCGCUGCGGCGCGCGAAACGGCGGCGCUUCUCGCUGCACGCAGCCCUGCCGGCGGCGAAGCGGCUGGCGCUGUGCCUGUCGGGCCAGCUGCGGGGCCGAAGCGGUGUGGAGGACCUGCGCUGGGUGCGCAGAUUUCAGAGCUUCGAUGCCUUCGCAGUGGUACCCAUGGAGGAUUGCCGCCGCGCGCGGGAGCUGCUGACUGAAAGCUUCCUACAGGCAGAGGUGCUUUGCGUGGACGGGCUCUUCAUGAGCCCAGAGGAGCUGCGGUGGCUCUCUGAAGCGCCCAAGGCGGACCCCGCCAUCUGCCCCGGGCACCACUGCGUCUACGUGUGGCGGGAUGUGGAGACUUGCGGCCGCUUGCUCCGACGGCACAUGGCAAGGUUCCGGCGCUCCUACUGGCGUGUGGUGCGGAUGCGCCUGGAUUUGCACAUGGAGAUCUUCCCGCAGGAUGUGGCAGCGGCGUUUGCGGAUGAGGAGACCAUUUGGGCCUACGCCAUCCCUGAUCGACAGUGGAUCGCCAUGCCUGACAGGUUUGCACUGGGCCCACAGCAAUUGAUGCUGGACGUCUACUUCACCACAUACACCUGGAUGUUGGCCCGUGAGAGCUGGCAGCACUACGAUCCUUUUUUCCGCCCCGCUUGCCAACGGCGGGGCCACCUGCUGGUGGUCGGUGGCCGCGUGGAGGCGCUGGCGAAGACUUGGCCCUGCCCGGAGCACUCGGCCAGGGGCCUGGCCUACCCAGGACCGGAGAACGUGCUCGAGGCACGACUGCUUACCUAUGAGGUACCAGGUGGUCAUGGAGUCGCCUUCCGCCUGCGGCGGGACAUUUGCUUCAGCCAGGGCGACAACUUCUGCGAGAGGGUGCCAAUACGGCACCGCCAUGGCUACUGGAUGAAUGGCCGGAGCGAGAACUGGACGCGCUUCGUCAGCCGCCAGGCGGCCGUGCCUGGCAGCGAGAAGUUGGAGACCAGGCUGCUGGGCUAUGAUGCCACCUUCGCCGCGCGCCUGGCGGAGUUCCUCUUCGAGCAGUGGGCUGAGGCACCCCCGAAGGUGCUGGUGCUGGGCGCCGGCCGCGGCGCCUUAGCAGAGCAGCUGGGCCGGUGGGGCCUGCCGGUGGCUGCCGUAGAUGGCAACUGCCUGGUGCACUUCACCAGUGGCCACGGCCUUUGCGCGGACCUCAUGGAAGACCUGGGCUUGGCCUGGCGCCGGAGCUGUGAGGCUCCCAACGCGAAGAGCUUUUGCAGCUGGCUACAUGGUCCACGAGUCGACUGGGCUGUGGCACUGAACCUGGUGCGAGACAUCCCACGCUUCUUGAUGUCAAGGCUGGCGGCCGCGCUGCGGCACGGCCGCGGCAUCAUCCUGAGCUGGACGCCGAGGAGGCCCUGCGAGGCCGCCAAGAUGAGGCGGCUGCGGGAGCUGCUGCACCGCGCAGGCUACCGGCCAGACAGGUCUGCCAGUCGACAGCUGCGGAUCUUCGGUGGCCUGCUGUGCUGCCCAUGGAACGAGCACGCGCUGGUGCUAAGGCGUCAGCGAGAGAGGUUUUGGGGCUGCGGGCUGCAGCCGAAGCAGCUUCCGCACAGCGCCGGCUGCGUAUUUGGCCAGAACUAUGGGUGCGUGGAAGGCGGAGUGUGGGCCCACUUCGGCUGCCGGGCCCGCUUCGGAGCUGUUGCCUGCUCCAGCGAAUGGGACUACACCGAGUGCCCCUGGCAAGGGCCUGCGCCUCUUCAGCGGCGGUUUUCCAGGCCGCAGCGUUCCGUGCCGGUGGCACGGGCACUGCAGCGCUCCGACCUGUCGCAGACGAACCGUGUGGAGGCGAGUGUCAACUCCAGCCGCUUCACGCGGCUGUUUGGGCUGCCCUUGUCGUGGCUCUACGAUGCCAUGGACCCCUUGACCACCACGGCAGGAGAGUGGUCUGGGAAGGCAACAGGCCUUUGCGCGCUGUGCAGCUCCGCGCUUUGA